GCCGGCCCGGCCCUUCGGUGCAUGAUUGGCUGCCGCUGCCACUUACGCGUCGCGCUUCCUUGUCUGCUCCUCGGGUUCAUGGGAGCUCUUUCUCUUUUCCUGUAGGCAGAGAGGAGGCGAUGGCGGCGACGGCGUCUCUCGGCGCCCUGGCGCUGCUUCUGCUGUCCGGCCUCUCCCGCUGCUCAGCCGAGGCCUGCAUGGAACCCCAGAUCACCCCUUCCUACUACACCACUUCCGACGCCGUCAUUUCCACCGAGACUGUCUUCAUCGUGGAGAUCUCCCUGACGUGCAAGAACAGGGUCCAGAACAUGGCUCUCUAUGCUGACGUUGGUGGAAAACAAUUUCCUGUCACCCGGGGCCAGGACGUGGGACGUUAUCAGGUGUCCUGGAGCCUGGACCACAAGAGCGCCCAUGCGGGCACCUAUGAGGUCAGAUUCUUUGACGAGGAGUCCUACAGCCUCCUCAGGAAGGCUCAGAGGAAUAACGAGGACAUUUCCAUCAUCUCGCCUCUAUUCAUAGUCAGUGUGGACCAUCGGGGCACCUGGAACGGGCCCUGGGUGUCCACUGAAGUGCUGGCUGCAGCGAUCGGCCUGGUGAUCUACUACCUGGCCUUCAGCGCGAAGACCCACAUCCAGGCCUGAGGGCAGCACCCCAGCCCUGCCCUUGCGCCCUUCAAUAAACAUCACAGGGACCUGGGGCUGC